UAAGGAGGAGGAGGAGAAGGCGCGUGAGUGAGAGUGUGGGGGUUGAGUAGUGGAUCCCACCACCCAUGUGCACUCUUCCUCUGUCUCCACCAGCUCCUGCCGCUCAAUCAUUAGACCCCUCUGUUCCCCUCUCUCUAAACUCUAAACUCCAAACUCACUCACUCUCUCAAAACACUCUCAACAACCAUAAACCCUCAUCCUCUCUCUCUUCUUCUCUUCUCUCUCUCUCUUGUUCUCUUCUCUCAGUACAAUAAAACCAACCAUUGCUUUCUCUCUCUUACUUAAAACAACAACCCCCCAAUCCCCCAUGUCUAGCUCCGACGGAACCACUAACGGCGUCAGUAACGGCUCAAUCAUUGAUCCACAGCGUCAACAAAUAACCGUCAAGAAACCGCCGUCCAAGGACCGUCACAGCAAGGUCGACGGCCGUGGACGCCGUAUAAGGAUGCCAAUCAUAUGCGCCGCACGUGUCUUCCAGCUCACGCGCGAGUUGGGCCACAAGUCCGACGGUCAAACCAUCGAGUGGUUACUUCGUCAAGCCGAGCCCUCUAUCAUAGCCGCCACCGGCACUGGCACCACUCCCGCCAGCUUCUCCUCCGUCUCCGUCUCCCUCCGCGGCGGCGCCGUCUCCAACUCACUCUCCUCCCCUUCCACCACCUCCGAUCAUAAGCCCUUGCUUGCUCCCACGCCCUUUAUACUCGGCAAGCGUAUACGCACGGAUGACGACGCCUCUCCUGCUUCAAAGGAUGAUGGCGUCUCUGUAGGGUCUUUGGUUGGGCCUGCUGCCCCUGCCGGGUUGUGGGCCCUUCCCACGAGGCCCGAUUUCGGACAAUUUUGGAGCUUCGCUGCGGCUGCUGCUCCGCCGGAAAUGGUGGUGCAGCCGGCGGCGGUGUCGGUUUCUCAGCAGCAGCAGGCUUCGUUGUUCGUUCAUCAUCAGCAUCAUCAUCAGCAGCAGCAACAAGCCAUGGGAGAAGCUUCGGCGGCGAGACUGGGGAAUUAUCUUCCGGGGCAUCUGAAUUUGCUAGCUUCAUUGUCCGGAGGUCCUGGAAAUUCUGGUCGGAGAGACGAUGAGCCUCGUUGAUUGGUUCUCGGAGCUACUUGUUGGUGGUGGAUUGUGGAAGGUGGUGGUGUUUUCUUCGUAUAUAUAUUUAUAUAUAUUUUGCGUUAUGGCUAUCGCUUUGUUGUGUGUGGAAAGCAGAAGAUUCUGAGUAUAAUUUAGGGUUAGUUUAUUUUUUUUCUUUUUUAGUUUUAAGUGGAGAAGUCCAUCAAUCAAGGAAUCCAAUUAGGAUUUUUAUUUCCUUCUGGUUUGGAAAAAUUAGUUAGGUUUUUAGAAGUUCAAAAUUGUUUAGAUUCUGGGGUUUUGCUGGAGGAGAAAAACGGAGAUUAUAAUAUUUAUAUUUGUGAUGGUGAUAAAUUGCUACGGAUUGAGGCUGGAAGCGGUUUUCAGAACCUUGAUCAGUAUGCAAGUACAGUGGAAUUCAUAUUGUUGUUGUGAAGCUGAGUAGAGUUCUCCAAGUUGAAGACCAAGCUUGGAAUGAUGGAAUUGCAUUGUUGCUUCUGUUUCACUUUAUUAGUGGGUUUUGAGGUUUGACUGACUCGACUAAUUGGGUCUAGAAGUUUGGUUAUUGUUGCAGUUGAAGUAAUUAGUGCUUGCAAGCUUGUUUUUAAGCUGAGUGAUUGUGUUUCUCAAGUUAAACUGUCACUCCCAAUUUGUUGGAGUACCCUACUUUCCAGUAUAGAUUGAGAAUUUAUGUUCUCUUGGCUGCAAUUGGGGCAUCUUUUAAGGGAUUGAGGUCCGUUUAAAGUGGCUAUGUUAUGAAUUUGGCACAGCUGCUGGUGAGUUAUGCUUUCUCUCCUCCGCUUUCACGCUCCUUGUUGGUCUUAGUUGUUUCAGAGGUCACUGGUGUGUGAAAGAUAAAGCUCUGGUUGUACACUGUAUGACCUCUGUUUUGAGAUUUUUAUCUGCAAUUCUUAGCCAUUUCUUAGAUUGAUCAGCGUGAGAAUAAUGUUUUCUUGUAUGUAAGUGGAUUGUUUUGGGUGUGAAUAAAAAACCCAUCUGUUUCUUUCUUUAUAUUUUAAUCACUUGCCACGUUCUUUUUUCAAUUUUGAAUGUCAUUCGAUUCAGUGUGCUUUCUGUUAUUAAAUUCUUAUAGGGAAUUGGACCUUUCUGAAUAUGGCCUGCCUAUAUUAUAAUUCAUUUGAGUGUUUUGAAACUUCCACCAUGUUUGAUUUCGUCGUAGUAUCUUCAGUUUUCUGCUAGUUUUUGUAAUUUCCAUGGUACUGUUUCUGGGAACUUGUACUCUGGCUUUUUCAGUAAUUAAGGAAAGGAAAGAUAAGGUUAGGUACAACCUGUAUUCAAGUCUUAAAUUCAUAACAAUAAAGAUCUAACCUACAUGGUGUGGUUACUAUUUUUAUUGUUUCACCUUAGGUUAAAACAAAUAUGGUGUUGGUGCAUUUGAUUCAACAUUCGACCUGGGUUGUUAUUGAUGUAAAAACUCAAUUUUGGCUGAUAUGUUGUAUCUCAAUAAUGACAUAUUUAUACUGGUUGUUAUGACUUUGGCUUUUAAUUGC